AUGGUGUUGGCGCAAGAUGAGAUCGAUGCGUGCCGAGAAGCGUUCCUCGCAUUUGAUAAAGACAGAAGCGGCACCAUCGAUGUGUGGGAGCUUCGCCAAGUUCUCGAAGCCAUGGGCCAGCAACCGACCGAGGAGGAGCUGUUUCAAAUGAUCAGCGAAGUCGAUGAAGACAUGAGCGGCGCGAUCGAUUUUGCCGAGUUUCUCCAAGUCAUCGACAACCAAAAGGACCGCGCCGCGCUCUACAACGACGAAAGCGACAUGAUCGAUGCAUUCGUCGCGUGCGGCGGCAAGCCAGACAAGUCUGGCGUUGUCCGGCGCGACACCCUCGUCAAGAUCAUCAAAGUCGACUUUGGGCUCACGAUCAACAUCGAGGACAUGAUCAACAAGCUCGACGUCGACCAGAGCGGCGAGAUCGAGUUUGACGAGUUCAAAGCUAUCUUGACGUAG